UACUCGAAUACAUUGCCGUAAACACAACAAAAUGGUUUAGCUUGUAAAAGUAGUGGUUUUAAAAUGAAGGUGAAAGGUAAUAUUUGCCACUUAGUUGUGGUGUGAUAUGACAAUAUUUCCCAGAGAAAAACAGUGCCGCCUCGCGGGAAGAAGCGGCAGCGGUGGAGCAGCAGCGGGAGCUCAGAGCAACGCCUGUCCGCCUGCCUGCUCGCCUCCUCGGCGGCCGAGCUGUCACGAACACAGGCUGGGUCCAUUUCGCUGGGUCUCACUAUCGGCCAACCGAAGGAGAGGAGAAGAAGGAGAAAGAAGCCGCCGUCAUGUUGUCGUAACUCGCAUUCGAAGAGCUGAACAUCGUACAUCGCCACCGGGGUGUCCCUUGGGUGUGUGUCCAACAUGUCGGAUAAAAUGUCCAGCUUCCUGCACAUCGGGGACAUCUGCUCUCUGUACGCGGAGGGAUCUACCAAUGGGUUCAUCAGUACCCUGGGCUUGGUGGAUGACCGCUGUGUAGUUCAGCCUGACGCGGGUGACCUCAGCAACCCUCCAAAGAAGUUCAGAGACUGCCUGUUCCGACUGUGUCCGAUGAACCGCUACUCAGCCCAGAAGCAGUUCUGGAAAGCAGCGAAACCUGGAGGCAACACGGAUGCAGUGCUCCUUAACAAGCUCCAUCAUGCAGCUGACCUGGAGAAGAAGCAAAACGACUCAGAAAACAAAAAGCUACUUGGAACAGUGAUUCAGUAUGGGAAUGUUAUUCAGCUUCUCCACCUGAAGAGCAACAAAUACCUGACAGUAAACAAGCGAUUGCCAGCCCUCUUGGAGAAGAACGCCAUGAGGGUGAUGCUGGACACUGCCGGGAAUGAGGGAUCUUGGUUCUACAUCCAGCCCUUCUACAAGCUGCGAUCCAUCGGGGACAGUGUGGUCAUUGGCGACAAAGUGGUCUUGAACCCGGUGAACGCAGGCCAACCACUCCACGCCAGCACACACCAGCUCGUGGACAACCCAGGAUGCAACGAGGUGAAUUCAGUCAACUGCAACACAAGCUGGAAGAUUGUCUUGUUCAUGAAAUGGAGCGACAAUCAGGAGAUUGUCUUAAAAGGGGGCGAUGUGGUACGCUUGUUUCACGCAGAGCAGGAAAAAUUCCUCACAUGUGACGAUCACAGAAAAAAACAAUAUGUGUUUCUUCGCACAACUGGACGGCAGUCGGCUACCUCAGCAACCAGCAGCAAAGCCCUAUGGGAGAUCGAGGUUGUGCAGCACGAUCCGUGUCGAGGGGGUGCAGGCUAUUGGAACAGUCUGUUCAGGUUCAAACACCUGGCUACUGGACACUACCUGGCUGCAGAGGUGAAUCCAGAGUAUGAAGAGGAGAGUCUGGAGUCACGCCCCCCACUGGACUUGGAACAAGAGGCCUUGCGUGUCCGUUUGAGAAAUGUACAAGAUAAAGUCAUGUACACCCUCGUCUCUGUUCCGGAUGGAAAUGACAUCUCUUCCAUAUUUGAGCUAGACCCGACCACGCUAAGAGGCGGAGACUCACUAGUACCCAGGAACUCGUACGUGCGCCUUAGACACCUGUGCACCAACACAUGGGUUCACAGCACCAACCAACCUAUUGACAAAGAGGAGGAAAAGCCUGUCAUGCUUCGUAUUGGCACAUCUGCACUGAAAGAGGACAAAGAGGCGUUUGCAAUUGUGCCCGUCUCCCCGGCUGAAGUACGAGACCUCGACUUUGCCAAUGACGCGAGUAAAGUGCUGGCCUCUAUUGCUGGAAAGCUUGAAAAAGGCACCAUCACACAGAACGAGAGAAGAGCAGUUACAAAGCUUCUGGAAGAUCUGGUGUUCUUUGUUGUUGAUAUUCCCAACAAUGGACAGGAUGUGCUCGAGAUCACAGUCAACAAACCAAACAGGGAAAGGCAGAAACUAAUGAGGGAACAGAACAUUCUAAAGCAGAUCUUCAAGCUACUUCAGGCGCCCUUCACGGACAGUGGUGACGGUCCGAUGCUGCGACUAGAGGAGCUGGCUGAUCAGCGCCAUGCCCCGUUCAGACACAUCUGCCGACUGUGUUACCGGGUUUUGCGUCACUCCCAACAGGACUACCGCAAGAAUCAGGAGUACAUUGCCAAGCAGUUUCGCUUCAUGCAGAAACAAAUCGGCUACGAUGUUCUGGCAGAAGACACCAUCACUGCUCUGCUCCAUAACAAUCGCAAGUUGUUGGAGAAGCACAUUACUGCAGCAGAGAUUGACACAUUUGUCAGCCUGGUCCGCAAGAACCGUGAACCCAGGUUCUUGGAUUACUUAUCAGACUUGUGUGUCUCCAUGAACAAGUCCAUCCCUGUGACACAGGAGCUAAUCUGCAACGCUGUUCUGGAUCAGGCGAAUGCUGACAUCCUAAUUGAAACUAAACUGGUGCUGUCGAGAUUUGAGAUUGAAGGAGCAUCGCUUGGGGAUAACUCUGAGGAGUCGGAGGAAGAUGAGGAGGAGGUGUGGUUGUUCUGGAAGGACAGCAACAAAGAGAUUCGCAGCAAAAGCAUCAGGGAGUUAGCACAGGAUGCCAAGGAGGGCCAAAAGGAGGACCAGGAGGUGAUCAGUUACUAUAGGUACCAGCUGAACUUAUUUGCGAGGAUGUGUUUGGACCGGCAGUAUCUGGCAAUCAACAAGAUCUCUGGCCAGCUGGAUGUGGACUUGAUCUUGCGAUGCAUGUCGGAUGAAGACCUACCAUACGAUCUGCGGGCCUCGUUUUGUCGCAUGAUGCUGCACAUGCACGUGGACCGCGACCCCCAGGAACAAGUUACACCUGUCAAAUAUGCCAGACUCUGGUCGGAGAUUCCCUCGGAAAUUGCUAUUGAUGAUUAUGACAACGAUGGAACAUCUAAGGAUGAAAUUAAGGAGCGCUUCUCACAAACUAUGGAGUUUGUAGAGAACUACCUCAGAGAUGUGGUUUGUCAGAGCUUUCCAUUUGCAGACAAAGAGAAGAAUAAGCUCACAUUUGAGGUGGUAAAUCUGUCCAGGAAUCUGAUUUAUUUUGGAUUUUACAACUUCAGCGACUUACUGAGACUCACAAAGAUCCUACUGGCUAUUUUAGACUGUGUCCACGUGAGCACAAUUUUCCCUUUCAACAAGCUGGACAAGGGAAAUGAGAGCAAAGACAAUAACGUGAUGAGGUCCAUUCAUGGCGUUGGGGAGCUGAUGUCACAGGUGGUCCUUAGAGGUGGCGGCUUCCUGCCCACUACAUCAAACAUCAUCUCCAAUGGAAACGCAGUCAAGUCUCAAACUGAACCAGAGAAACAGGACAUAAUGGUCAUGGACACCAAACUGAAGAUAAUUGAGAUCCUACAGUUCAUCUUAAACGUGCGCCUGGACUACAGGAUCUCCUGUCUGCUGUCUAUCUUCAAAAGAGAGUUUGAUGAAAGCAACUCCCAAAGUGAUUUAUCUGUAGCUGGGACAGUAGAAGGCCCAAACAAUAUGCCAGGAGCUUUGGAUUUUGAGCACAUAGAAGAACAAGCAGAGGGAAUAUUUGGUGGAAGUGAAGAGAACACUCCCUUAGACCUGGAUGAUCAUGGAGGUCGGACGUUCCUCAGGGUCCUUCUCCACUUGACAAUGCACGACUAUCCCCCUCUGGUGUCCAGGGCCCUCCACCUUCUGUUCCGCCACUUCAGUCAAAGGCAGGAAGUUCUGCAAGCUUUUAAACAGGUCCAGUUGCUCGUCACCAGCCAAGACGUGGAGAAUUACAAACAAAUAAAGUUCGACCUAGACCAGCUGCGCUCCAUUGUGGAGAAGUCUGAGCUAUGGGUUUACAAGAGGCAGGGUCCGGAUGAGGGCUUGGAUGCAGGAGAAGGUCUUUCGCCUGAGUCGGAGAGUAAAAAGGGGGAAUCUGGAGGAGCCGAAAAGCCGAAGAAACCAGAGAGUACCAGCAGUUACAACUACAGGGUGGUGAAAGAGAUCCUCCUGCGUCUCUGCAGACUUUGUGUCCAGGAGGGUCAGUCAGGUAGGAAGAGCAAGAAGCAGCAGCAGAGGUUACUGCGGAACAUGGGGGCUCACGCUGUCGUUCUAGAGCUCCUGCAGAUUCCAUAUGAGAAGGGUGAAGAUUUACGCAUGCAGAAUAUCAUGAAGUUAGCACAUCAGUUCCUACAGAACUUCUGCGCAGGCAACCAGCAGAACCAAGCCCUGCUUCACAAGCAUAUUAAUCUGUUCCUCAACCCCGGGAUUUUGGAAGCCAUCACCAUGCAGCAUAUCUUCAUGAACAACUUCCAGCUGUGCAGCGAGAUCAAUGAGCGUGUGGUUCAGCACUUUGUCCACUGCAUUGAGACACAUGGCCGCAACGUCCAGUACCUCAAGUUUCUGCAAACCAUCGUCAAGGCAGAGAAUAAGUUCAUCAAAAAGUGCCAGGAUAUUGUCAUGGCCGAGCUGGUGAAUGCGGGCGAAGACGUUUUGGUUUUCUAUAACGACCGCGCCUCCUUCCAAACACUGGUACAGAUGAUGCGAUCAGAGCGGGAUCGCAUGGACGAGAACAGUCCGCUGAUGUACCACAUUCACCUGGUUGAGCUUUUGGCCGUCUGCACGGAGGGCAAGAACGUCUACACAGAAAUCAAAUGUAACUCGCUGCUACCGCUGGAUGACAUUGUGCGAGUGGUCACCAAUGAAGACUGCAUCCCAGAGGUCAAGAUUGCUUAUAUCAACUUCCUCAAUCACUGCUAUGUGGACACUGAGGUUGAAAUGAAGGAGAUCUACACCUCCAACCACAUGUGGAAACUCUUUGAGAACUUCCUUGUUGACAUUUGCAGAGUCUGCAACAAUACGAGCGAUCGCAAACACGCCGACACCAUCCUGGAGCGCUACGUGACUGAGACGGUCAUGAGCAUUGUGACCACGUUUUUCAGCUCACCUUUUUCUGACCAGAGCACGAGCUUGCAGGCUACUCUGUUGGGGAAGCUAUUCCAGACCAGACAGCCAGUGUUUGUGCAGCUGUUGCAGGCGGUGUUCAGGGUCUACCACUGCAACUGGCUAUUCCCUGUCCAGAAAGGCUGUGUGGAGAACUGUAUCAAAGUCCUGUCCGAUGUUGCCAAAGGGAGGGCCAUAGCCAUCCCUGUGGACCUUGACAACCAGGUGAACAACCUGUUUGUGAAAUCAAACAAUAUUGUUCAGAAGACAGCAAUGAGCUGGAGACUUUCUGCUCGCAAUGCUGCCCGUAGGGACUCCGUGGUGACGGCGUCACGAGACUACAGAAACAUCAUUGAACGUCUGCAGGACAUUGUGUCAGCGCUGGAGGACCGCCUGCGUCCUUUGGUCCAAGCUGAAUUGUCUGUCCUUGUGGAUGUGUUGCAUCGACCUGAACUACUAUUCCCAGAAAACACAGACUCGCGCAAGAAAUGCGAGAGCGGAGGCUUCAUAUGCAAACUGAUCAAACACACCAAGCAGCUGCUGGAGGAAAAUGAGGAGAGAUUGUGCAUCAAAGUUCUGCAAACACUUCGAGAGAUGAUGACUAAAGACCGUGGUUAUGGAGAGAAGCUCAGGGCCUUUGAUGAUGAGAUGGAUAUGACAAAGCUGGAUCAGAACGAGCCUGAGAAGCUGUUGGAGGACCAGAAAAGGGGCGAGGCACUGAGGCAGAUUCUGGUGAACCGUUACUAUGGCAACUUCCAUCGGAGUGGUGGGCGGAGGGACAGCUUGACGUCAUUCAGCAGUGGCCCCCUCAGCCCCGUUGGACCAAGCAAAAACCAGUCAGUGUUGGGAUCCCCCGGAGGCCUGAGUCGUGGUGAAAUGAGCCUGGCGGAAGUGCAGUGUCACCUGGACAAAGAAGGAGCGUCUGACCUGGUGAUUGACCUCAUCAUGAACACCACCAGUGACCGAGUCUUCCAAGAAAGCAUCCUCCUGGCCAUUGCUCUGCUCGAGGGCGGAAACACCACCAUCCAGCGUUCGUUCUUUUGCCGACUGACAGAAGACAAAAAGUCUGAAAAGUUCUUCCGAGUUUUCUACGACCGCAUGAAGCUGGCCCAGUUGGAAAUCAAAGCUACAGUGACGGUAAAUACCAGCGACCUUGGGAACCGAAAGAGAGAUUAUGACAGCCAGGACAAAGAUACCCCUGUCCACAAAAAAGCAAGAGAAUCAGCGGUCGUCAUGACAGAGGAAGUGCGAGAGCAACUCGUGGAGGCCUCGUCUGUUACCAAGAAGGCUUUUAACUCUUAUCGGCGUGAAGCUGACCCAGAGGACCACUUCACCACAGCAGAUGGCCAGCCAAGCGCCGGGGACAAGAAUCAGGACGAUGGAGAGAUGAGCUACGUCAUCAUUAUCAUGCAGCCCAUCCUUCGCUUCCUGCAGCUACUCUGCGAGAAUCACAACCGUGACUUGCAGAACUUUCUUCGUUGUCAAAACCACAAGAACAACUACAACCUGGUGUGUGAGACUCUUCAGUUCCUGGACUGCAUCUGCGGCAGCACCACAGGAGGUCUGGGCUUGUUGGGACUGUACAUCAACGAGAAGAAUGUUGCCCUCAUCAACCAAACUCUAGAGAGCCUCACUGAGUACUGCCAAGGCCCCUGCCAUGAAAACCAGAAUUGUAUUGCCACUCACGAGUCCAAUGGAAUCGAUAUCAUCAUUGCUCUGAUCCUGAAUGACAUCAACCCGCUUGGAAAGAAGCGGAUGGAUCUUGUGUUGGAGCUCAAGAACAACGCGUCCAAGUUGCUGCUUGCCAUCAUGGAAAGCCGUCAUGACAGCGAGAAUGCUGAAAGGAUCUUGUACAAUAUGAGGCCGAAAGAACUGGUGGAGGUGAUUAAAAAGGCAUAUCUGCAGGGAGAGGUGGAGUUUGAGGACACAAAAGAGGAGGAGGAUAAUGGGGAUGAGGAUGAGGAACAUGAUGCCGCGUCGCCCAGAAAUGUUGGGCACAACAUUUAUAUCCUAGCUCACCAGUUGGCCCGUCACAAUAAAGAACUAUCUAUGAUGUUAAAGCCAGUAGGAGCCAGUGGAGACGGAGAUGAAGCCUUGGAGUUUUAUGCCAAUCACACAGCUCAGAUAGAGGUCAUAAACAACAUUCUUACUACCAGCACAGGCCCUAACAACCAACUACGACAAAGGCAUGUAGAGCUAUCAAUGGUGACUGUGAAUCCCUGUGUCCAGAUUGUGCGCCAGGACCGCACCAUGGAAGAGAUUGUUUUCCCGGUGCCGAAUAUUUGUGAGUUCCUGACCUCGGAGUCCAAGCUUCGAGUUUACUACACCACUGAGAGAGACGAGCAGGGCAGCAAGAUCAAUGACUUCUUCCUACGAUCAGAGGACCUCUUCAAUGAGAUGAACUGGCAGAAGAAGCUGAGAGCCCAGCCGGUAUUGUUCUGGUGUUCCAGAAACAUAUCCGUGUGGAGCAACGUUUCCUUCAAUCUGGCCGUGCUCAUGAACCUGCUCGUCUGCUUCUUCUACCCGUUGGAGGGGAUACACGGAGGUAUGUUGGAUUCCCACCUGUCUGCUCUGCUUUGGAUGGCAGUCCUGGCAACACUCAUUAUCGUGAUCAUCAUGCCCCAACCGCUGGGUGUCCGAGCCCUCGUGAUCGUCACUAUCCUCCGUCUCAUCUUCUCAGUUGGCCUGGAGCCCACCCUCUUCCUUCUGGGCGCCUUCAAUGUGUGCAAUAAAAUGAUCUUCCUAAUAAGUUUUCUGGGAAACCGCGGCACUUUCAGUCGCGGCUACAAAGCCAUGGUGAUGGACUUUGAGUUCCUCUACCACUUCACCUACCUGCUCAUCUGCAGUAUGGGGGUGUUUGUCCACGUCUUCUUCUACAGUCUGUUGCUGUUUGACUUGGUGUACCGAGAAGAGACUUUGCUGAACGUCAUCAAAAGCGUGACUCGCAACGGCCGCUCCAUCGUGCUGACCGCCGUGCUUGCGCUCAUCCUGGUCUACUUGUUCUCCAUCGUUGGCUAUAUUUUCUUCAAAGAUGACUUCAUCCUGGAAGUAGACCGCAUCCCCAACGCAACUUUGAAAAACGGAGGCAGUAUAGUCAGCGAGUUUUUACCUACAAGAAUGUGUCAGGCUGGAGUCGAUGAAAACUGCACUGCAGCGAGCAUGCAUGAAGGUGUGAACAGUAACGAUGCUGAGGACAGCGACAUGGAGCGAACGUGUGACUCGUUACUAAUGUGUAUCGUCACUGUCCUGAGUCAUGGCUUGAGGAGCGGUGGGGGUGUAGGCGAUGUUCUCCGCAAGCCUUCCAAAGAGGAGCCAUUGUUUGCAGCCAGAGUCAUUUACGACCUGCUGUUCUUCUUCAUGGUCAUCAUCAUUGUUCUCAACCUCAUUUUUGGUGUCAUCAUUGACACCUUUGCCGACCUGAGAAGCGAAAAACAGAAGAAAGAAGAAGUCCUGAAGACCACCUGCUUCAUCUGUGGCCUGGAGAGGGACAAGUUUGACAACAAGACCGUGACUUUUGAGGGGCACAUAAAAGAGGAGCACAACAUGUGGCAUUACCUCUUCUUCAUCGUCUUGGUGAAAGUGAAAGAUUCCACCGAGUACACGGGCCCGGAGAGCUACGUGGCUGAGAUGAUCAAGGAGCAUAACCUGGAUUGGUUUCCAAGGAUGCGCGCCAUGUCUCUGGUGAGCAGCGACGCGGAGGGCGAGCAGAACGAAAUCAGGAGUCUGCAGGAGAAGUUGGAGUCGACCAUGAGGCUGGUGGCCAACCUGUCGGGACAACUGACCGAGCUCAAGGAGCAGAUGACAGAGCAAAGGAAGCAGAAGCAGAGAAUCGGACUUCUGGGUCACCCUCCUCACAUGAACGUCAAUCCUCAGCAGCCUGCCUGAGUGUCUUCUGGGGGUCUAAGAUCCUUUGGUCAAAGAGCCAAUGUCGAUGUCCAGCGUGGGUUUGGAAUGAUCAAGUCCAAUGAGUAACACGUUGUCUGAGUUACUCAUUGGUGGACGUGUGUGUCUCUGUGUAGUGUGGACGUGUGUGUAGUGUGGACGUGUGUGUAGUGUCCACCAAGUUCCUGGACCUGGGAAGCCAGCCAUGUUGGCUUUAGGAGAUUGAAAAAAAAACACUGAUUUCAGCCUUUUGGCGUUGUAACACGCUGACCACAUGCCAAAGUUCCGCCGAUUGUUGCCAAGGACAUUUCCUUCCACGUAACCUUGUAUCGGCGUUUGGAUUCCAAGGUUUGUUUCAAUUUCACUUGCGCACACCUUCUCUUCAUUUGCAGCAAUACUUCACAAGAUGCAAUAUCUGCAUAGGGGGAAGCUAUUUGGGGGUUUGGUGUUUACUUUUUAUAUUUGAUAUUGUCAUUUAUAACCAAGAAAAAAACUCAGCAUAUUUUCACAAUGGCUGGAAUAAAAGUAGAGGUCAUGUGACUGCC